CGCGUGUUCAUCGCCGUCGAAAAACGAAAUGUUGUUUAAGAUAUUCUUAAUAAUCAAUGUACAUUUCGUUUUAGCGGAAAAUAUUUUAUUUGUGAAUUUGGUGCCAUCUCCGAGUCAUCAUAUUUGGAACGAAGCUUUAAUUGAGGGUUUGUUGAGUAAGAAUCAUAAUGUUACAAUGAUUGGUUUUUAUCCUGCGAAUAUAAUAAGUAACAAUUAUUCUAUUUUACAAAUAAAUGAUGAAAAAUUUACUGAAAAUAUAUCAUCAACAUUAAAAAAUGUAAUUGAUGAAACUAGUGUUAAAUCAAUUUUAUCGAUGUGGGAGUUUAUUCAGAAAUCGUGCGAGUUUAACAUGAACUCAGAAGAAUUUAAAGCACUUUUAAAUUACCCAAAAAGCUUUUUUAAUUUAUUAAUUUUCGAUAUAACAUUUUCAGAGUGUUAUUUACCCUUAAUCGAUCAUUUUAACAAUCAACCCGCAAUCGGAGUAACAGCGUUUGGUUUACAAACAUAUUUAAAUGAUAUCAUCGGCGAAUCAAUCCAAAUUUAUACUCCUUAUUACGGUUUACCUUACACCGACAAAAUGAAUUUAUUUCAAAGAUUUUGUAGCAUUUUUUACACAACAAUCGAGCGCUUAUCCAGAUUUUAUUACCUCCCAAAAUUAGAUGAAAUAAAUAAAAAAGUUUUCGGCGAAAACGUUCGAAAAAUUAACGAAUUAGGAAACGAAAUAUCAUUAAUUUUCCCUAAUGAUGACCCAAUAUUAGAUUACCCAAAACCAAACGUCCCAAAUGUCAUCCAAAUCGGUGGGGUUCAUUUAAAAGAAAUAAAUCAAUCAGCAACAAAAAUCGAUGAAGAUUUAGAAAAGAUUUUAAAUAAUUCUGUUGAAGGAAUCGUUUUUGUUUCAUUAGGUUCAAAUUUUCAACCGAAAUUUUAUAAAGACCACGUAAAAAGUGCUUUCAUCGAAGCAUUUUCGAAAUUAAAUCAAACUAUUUUAUGGAAAUUUGAUGAUAUCGUAACUUCAAAAAAUGUUAUCAUUAAAAAUUGGUUCCCUCAAAGCGAUAUUUUAGCCCACUCGAAUACAAAACUUUUUAUAACCCAUUGUGGUGCUUUAAGUUCCCAAGAAACUAUAUUUAGGGGAAUUCCGAUAAUCGGAAUACCCCUAUUUCAUGAUCAAUAUUAUAGAAGCGCGAAAUUUGAAGAAAUUGAAGCAGGAAUUAUUUUAAACUAUAAAGAAAUUACAGCGAAUAAACUUUAUGAAUCAAUCAAUGAAGUUUUGAUGAAUUCAAGAUAUAAAGAAAAUAUGAUGAAGUUAUCGUCUUUGUAUAAAAAUCAGCCUCUAAAACCGCUUGAUAAGUUUUUAAUGUGGUUUGAUUAUUUAUUAAAAAAUGGUGAUUUACGUAAUCUUUCGGUUGCGGGAAGAAAAAUGAGUUGGUAUCAAACGAAUAAUUAUGAUAUCUUGGGAUUAAUUGUGGUUAUUGUUGUUGUGGUAAAAAUGUUGGUGAAUAAAUUGGUUUUUAACGGUGGAGAUAAAAAAGAAAAAACUGAUAGAACUACUCUUAUAAUGUUAAAGUUUUUCCUCGUUUUAAUUUCAAUUCAACAAAUAACUUGCAAACAUAUUUUAUUUAUAAAUUUGGUUCUAUCUCCAAGUCAUCAUGGAUGGAAUGAAGUUUUAAUCGAAGGCUUAUUAAGCAAAAACCAUAAUGUUACAAUGAUCGGAUAUUAUGAACCCAAAAUAAAACAUCCCAAUUAUAAUGUUUUACAAGUUGAUGUGAAACCAUUUGCGCAAAACGUUGAUGCUAUAUAUGAACAAGCAUCAGCUGAUGGUUCUGCAAGUAUAAAAUCAAUAUUCAAUUUAGCAACAUUUGCUGAAAAUGGUUGUAAAUAUAGUUUAAAUACGCAACAAUUUAAGCAACUUUUAGAUUACCCCAAAGAUUCGUUUGAUUUGAUUAUUUUCGAUAUAACACUUUCAGAAUGUUUUUUACCUUUAAUAGAUCAUUUUGGGUUACCCCCAACUGUUGCUGUAACUGCUUUUGGAAUGAACACUUAUUACAACGAUAUUGUUGGCCAAUCAACGGAAAAUUAUAUUCCAUAUUUCGGUUUACCCUACACGGAUCAAAUGAGUUUUUUUGAACGAAUGCACAACUUAUUUUAUUUAACCAUGGAAAGUAUAAUAAGAGUAAAUUCUAUUAAGAAAUUAAAUGUUAUCUCUAAAGAAAGUUUUGGAACAAAAUCUAGAAGCAUUGAAGAUUUAUUUAAAGAAAUCUCAUUAAUUUUUCCUAAUGAUAACCCGAUUUUGGAUUAUCCCAGACCAACGGCACCAAAUGUUAUUCCAAUCGGUGGGGUUCAAGUUAAGCCACCGAAAAAACUUGAUAAGGAUUUACAAAAAAUUUUAGACGAUUCCAAACAAGGUGUAAUUUUCGUAUCUUUAGGUUCAAACUUUUUACCAAAAUUUUACGGAAAACACGUUAUAAAAGCUUUCAAGGAAUCGUUCUCAAAACUAAAUCAAACCGUUCUAUGGAAAUUUGAUGAUGAUGGUGAUCUUUCUAAAAAUAUUAUUACUCGAAAAUGGUUCCCUCAAAGCGACAUUUUGGCCCAUCCAAACACGAAGCUUUUUAUAACUCAUUGUGGUGGACUAAGUACGCAAGAAACUAUAAUUAGGGGUGUUCCAGUUAUCGGAAUACCGUUAUUUGCUGAUCAAUUUAACCGAGCCGGAAAGUAUCAAUCAAUUAAUGGAGGUGUAAUUCUAAAAUAUUCGGAAUUAACGACCGAUAAAGUUUAUAAUUCAAUUGUGGAAGUUUUAUCUAAUCCUGUGUAUAAAAACAAUAUGAAACGAUGUUCCAUGUUGUAUAAUGAACAACCGGAAAAACCAAUGGAAAAAUUUUUGAUUUGGACCGAUUAUAUUCUUAAUAAUGGUCAUUUAAAACAUCUAUCUCUUGCACGUAGAGAAAUGAGAUGGUAUCAAGUAGAUAAUUGGGAUAUUUUUGGGUUUAUUAUUGGUGUAUGUUUAUUUUUGUAUGUUUUAUUAAAAAAAAUAUCCUGUGUAAUAUUAAAAAUGUGCAAAACAGAUCGAAAAGAGAAAAUAAAUUGA